ACGGGGCCUGGAGGAGGUCUAAAUUAAUUAUUACCGAGCACGGAAAGGCCGUCAGCGAUUAUAUGCUCCAGAGGAUACACCUUUAGCAAAGCUGGGGCAAUGGUGCAGGUUAAUUAUUGAGCUUGCAGAUCAAUUACCUCUCAAAUGACCAACGCAGGCAAACAAAAUUAGACAGCGGAGGCAUCAUCUAGCCAUAGCUGUGAACAAAAGAGCUUAACAUGUACAGUGCUAUGUCUUAGUAACAUGAUCUAGCUGGUAUUACUGACGGUCGUAUUAGUUUAUAUAAGUAACUGCCUGCCUGGCUGUCAUAUCUCUGGAGGUUAUGUUGGGUACUCUUUGGUUCUUUCGGUAAAGUCACGUAGGUAUAAAAUAAAUUAAAUUAAAUGGUCAAUUGUUGAUUAAAUCCGAAAGACGCAGGGAACUUACUCAGUGUUCAGGAGUAACACGUUAUAAGCCAGUACAUUACUGCCACCAGAUUAGCCAAGGUAGGUAGUGGUAAACUUGUUAGUGUAUAAUUUGGUUACGGUUUCUUAGCGCGAUUACUUUUUUUUAUGAUCACUUUCUCAAAGUUUUAAAAUGAUUACAAAAAUAAUUAAAUGGGGGAAAUGAUGGUGUCAGCGGCUUUGGUGAACGUGAGGGGAGCAGCACCCGACGCACCAAGCCCACGGUCACAGGAAUGUGCUCUUAUUUCUGAACGCGAAAACAAUACGCGUUCAUUUGAAGAACGCGCGACCUUUGCUUUUGAAAAAUACCAAAUAUUAGGCUACAUUGCGUCAUUUGCAAAAACGCCGAGCAAUCAUUAAUCGGACGGUACCCGAUUACUUUUCAAAGAGUAACCUCUCGGCGCUUAGCCCCAUCGCAAAGAUGUCACCGUGGUGCCACAAAGGCACGGCCCUGUGCGUUGGUGGCACGGGCGACACGAGGGACCGGGGCAGUGCAAGCGUUGCCAAGGGGUGGCCGCAAGGCACGGGCGAGCCCGCCUGGAUGGUGGCCAUCCUCUACGCCGUGCAGCACGUGCUGCUGCUCGCCGCCUCCCUGCAGGCGAGCUACCUGCUGCUCCUGCUCUCCCCGGCGGCCGGCGUCGGUGGCGGUGGCCCCGGCUCGCGUCGCUCGCCUCUGCACGCGGACGGCCCGUGGCCCAGUCCCCAGCUGCUGGCCACGGGUUUCUUCUGCUCGGGUCUCUCCACGCUCGUGCAGCUCACGCUGGGCUCCAGGUUGCCCGUGCUGCAAGGGGCCUCCACAGGGGCCUCGGCUCCGCUGCUGCUGCUGCUGGGCCGCUACUCAUCCUGCCCCAGCGACGCGGCGUGUUCCGCGCAAGCCACGGGUACCAACAACAGCAACUCCAGCAUCAAUGCCACGGCCAACUACGAGUGGCCAGAGCGUACCGGAGAGCUGGGCGGGGCGCUGCUGCUGUCCGGCCUGGUGCAGGUGCUGCUUGGGGCCGUGGGGGCUCCGGCACGGCUGGCCGUGCUGUGUGGGCCCAUGGUGCUGGCGCCCGUACUCUGCCUCCUCGGUUUGGCCGGAUACCAGCACACGGGCGAACUUGGCGGCAGCCACUGGGGUCUUACUGCCGGGGGGACGCUGCUGCUGGUGCUCCUGUCCCAGCACAUGGAGAGGCAUCGCCCUGCACAAGGGAAGGCGGGACCUCGCCGUCUGCUGUGGGCAGUGCCGGCUGCUUGUCGGAAACUCUCGGUGCUGCUCACUGUUGCUCUGAGCUGGGCCCUCUGCUCUGCUCUGCCCUCACUCUCCUUGCCGCCCGGCCGCUCGCAAGAUGACGGAGCGGCCGCUGUGGCCUGGCUCAGCCUGCCCUACCCAGGCCGCAUGGGCUGGCCGGUGCUGAGCGCCGACGCGACGCUGGCGGGGCUGGUGCUGGCCGCGGCGAGCACGGCGGAGACGCUGGGCUGCUACGUGCUCGCGACGCGACUGCUCCGCUCGCCGGCUCCGGGAGCGAGCGCCGCCUCGCGCGGCCUCGCCGCGCAGGGGCUCGGCUGCGCCGUCUCGGGGCUGCUGGGGUCACCGGCCGCGGCCGCCGUGAGCCUGCCCAACGCCUGUGCCCUGGGGCUCACCGCCGAGGGCAGCCGUCGGAGCGUUCUGCUGGCAGCCGUGCUCUGCCUGCUGCUGGGAUUGAGUCCUCGUUUCUCAGCGUUGCUCGCCUCUCUCCCCCUGCCCGUGCUGGGCACGGUGCUCGGAGUGACGCACGGCGUGGCGGUCGGUGCUGGGAUCUCCUACUUCCAGUACUUGGACAUGGACUCGGGACGGUGCAUCUUCAUCGUGGGCUUCUCCCUCUUCAUGGCGCUGCUACUGCCUCGCUGGAUGCAGGACCACGCGCAGAGCAUUGCCAGCGGGCGCGCCUGGUACAGCCCCCUCCAGUCGCUGCUGCGCACGCCCGUGCUCCUGGGAGGCGCCAUGUCCCUGCUGCUGGACUCUACCGUGUCAGGUACACUGGGAUCAGUCGACGGGAGGAAAGGAUUCGAACCCCGAAGUGAAACGAUCGACCACAGUUGCACACGCGCGAUAACUUCCCAUGUAGGAAACUCACGCGAAAGGUGCAACCCGACGGAGGUAACGCGUCGAGUGUGGAUGUGCACACACAUUGAGACGUGUGUGUGUGUGUGUGCGUGUGUGCGUGUGUGUGUAUGUCGAACUUCUUUCACACCGUACGUAGCCAACCGUGCGAAUCAGAGGUGCGGGAGACAUCGGCAGGUGCAGAGCGAGAGCAAGGAGCUAUGGCGAAGGUUGUCAGGAAAAUCAGGGGGAAGCUUCUCAAGUAAGGGGAAUUAAAGACAAUAACGAUAAAAUGCAGAUCAGGAGGAAGUAUCAGGGACAUGGCUGGAGCACUUUCCAAGGUUGAUAUGAUCCCUGUAUUACCACGGACCUGACGGUGUUCAGCACAAUACUGGCUGAAGCUGUCGUCAAUGACUGCAGCCCGGAUUUACUAAGAGAGGAUUUGGUCACAGCAUGUGACGGCGUCCUCAUGGAGGAGAGCUACUCCGCAGAGCAGGAACACAGUAGAUGAUCCUUCUCCCUGCGCCAUGCACGGGAGCCAAACACAUGGAUCUUGCAUGAAUAGCCUCGCCAUGAUAUCAGUUUCGCAUUCAGCGUUGGUAAACCUUGUUUCAUGGGCUACCUUCGCCGUCUUAAAACUGAAAUCGGGGUCUACGUGAUUGGCCACCAAUGCCUUCGGAGCCUAAUACGGCACAGGGACAAUGCCACUGACGAAGGCUGCAUAGCUGCAGCAUGGAGCAGCCCGACGCCGACGCCGACCUCGGGCCUAGAAGCUUGCCACACGUGCGCAUGGACCUGUCGUGGAAGCUGUUCCCCCCGCGCUGU